AUGGCGAUACGAAGAAUAACCUCAGCUUGCUUGACACAGUCGACUCGCAGAGCCAAUGCCUUCCUCUCCACACCCAGCAUCCACUUUCGUCCCAAUUCUAUCCCCCAAGCGCGGCACUUCCAAAUCACCUCAAUCCGCCUCGAACAACAGGCAAAUACAAGCGCAAAACGAGAUCCAGCGCCGAAAAUCAUAAGGGGUCAAUCAAAAGUGUUUAAGGAUGCCGAUGCGGCGGUCAAAGAUCUGAAGAGUGGAGCAGUGAUAUUGAGUGCUGGGUUUGGACUGUGCGGGACUGCUGAAACUAUCAUAGCAGCAAUCGAGCGGAGAGGAAAAGAUGGCCUCAACAAUCUUACUGCAGUGUCCAACAACGCAGGAGCUGCAGGCGGCGGCGGCCUCUCGCCGCUCGUUGCAUCAGGACAAAUUGAAAGAUUGAUACUGUCGUACUUGGGAGGGAACAAGUUUCUCGAGAAGAAGUAUCUCAGUGGUGAGAUUGCGAUUGAGCUCUGUCCGCAAGGGACGAUUGCAGAGAGGAUUCGAGCUGGAGGAGCAGGAAUUCCUGCUUUUUUUACGCCUACAGGGAUCAAUACAUUAUUGCAGUCAGGAGAUAUCCCCGUCCGCCUCGGUCCCGUCGACCAAGCAACCGGAAAAUCCACCAUCUUAGAAAAAGGCAAGCCUCGAGAAACCAGAAUAUUCGACGGCAAGGUCUACGGCAUGGAGACUGCGAUUGAAGGUGAUCUAGCAAUAUUACGAGCAUGGAAAGUGGAUGAAGCUGGGAACUGUCAAUUCCGAUAUACGACAAAAGCAUUCGGCCAAGUAGUUGGCAAAGCGGCAAAAGUUACGAUUGUUGAAGCAGAGAAUAUCGUGCCUGUUGGUGAUAUUCAUCCUGAUAAUGUGCAUUUGCAAGGAAUAUAUGUGGAUCGUAUUGUGCCGUCGACUGUGGAGAAGGUGAUUGAGAUUCGGAAGUUGAAAGAAGUCGAAGGACAGGCAGAGGGCGGGAAGAAAUCUGAGGCGUUGCUGAGGAGAGAGAGGAUUGCGAGACGGACCAGUAAGGAGUUGAAGCAUGGGUAUUAUGUUAAUCUUGGCGUGGCAGGUCUACCGACGUUGGCGCCGAGUUAUCUGGAUCCGGAGACGAAGGUGUGGAUUCAGUCUGAGAAUGGACUUUUAGGGAUGGGCCCAUAUCCAACAGAGGAUGAAAUCGAUGCCGACAUCAUCAACGCCGGAAAAGAAACUGUAACUAUGGUACCAGGCGCGUCAACCUUCGACUCCGCCGAAUCCUUCGCCAUGAUCCGCGGCGGGCACAUUGACGUGUCCGUCCUUGGCGCGCUACAAGUCUCUGCCAAUGGUGACCUCGCAAACUUUAUGAUCCCAGGCAAAGUAUUCAAGGGGAUGGGAGGCGCGAUGGAUCUUGUGGGCAACCCAGACCAAACGAAGAUUAUGGUUGCGACGGAACAUGUGGCGAAGGAUGGGAGCGCCAAGAUUGUGGAGAGUUGUGCGUUGCCGUUGACGGGCGCGAGGUGUGUUAGUACGAUUAUUACGGAUUUGUGUGUUUUUGAGGUUGAUAGAGUUAAGGGUGGGUUGACAUUGACGGAGCUUGCGCCGGGUGUGGAUGUCGAGGAGGUGAGGAGUAAGACGGAUGCGAAGUUCGCGGUGGCAGAUGAUAUAAAGUCUAUGGAGUGAACUGUAUAUAAAAUAAAGAUAGAAGAUUUUGCUGUCAUCCGGUGUUUGGGAUGGUUUUGAGGGCAUGCUUUCCAUUGCACGUUUAUAGAGUCAUUGCUAUGUAUAUACAAAUCUAUACAAGGUCAUAAACAAUGAUCUAUCUACAACUUCGCCCUCUCCAUCCCCGGCGCGAAGGAACUACCACUCCCCUCCCCCAAUGCCUCAACAAUCCUAUCCACCGCGUCUAAGAGCCACACAUUCCCCUCAUCAGUAGCAAGCCACUCUCCCCCUUCGACAGGAAACUCCCCACUAGCCUUGAAACUCUC